CACAGUGACGUCACUUUUACUCGCCGAAGAUAAGUCCUAGCAUCGACUGAGGUUGACUGUAAACACAGAAAUCUUUUGUUUUACUGUGUGUUUAAGACUAUGCCUAAAGUGAAAAGAAGUCGAAAACCACCUCCAGAUGGAUGGGAGCUUAUCGAGCCUACUUUGGACGAGUUGGAUCAGAAAAUGAGAGAAGCUGAGACGGACCCACACGAAGGUAAACGAAAAGUGGAGGCGCUUUGGCCAAUCUUCAGACUGCAUCAUCAGAGAAGUCGGUACAUCUACGACCUUUUCUACAAAAGAAAAGCUAUUAGCAGAGAGCUUUAUGAUUACUGUAUUAAAGAAGGUUAUGCCGAUAAAAACCUGAUUGCAAAGUGGAAGAAGCAGGGGUAUGAGAACCUCUGUUGCCUGCGCUGCAUUCAGACAAGAGACACCAACUUUGGAACCAACUGCAUUUGUCGUGUUCCCAAGAGCAAAUUAGAAGUUGGAAGGAUCAUUGAAUGCACUCACUGUGGUUGCAGAGGAUGUUCUGGUUAAAUACAUUGUUUCUUUCCUUUAACAUCUCCAUAAUUUACAAUCUACAAACAUCAUUAGAAGAACAUUAGUGAUCACAUCAAAGAAAAUGGGGACCUUUUAUGGGGCCAUUUGUCAUUUCAUUCAUGAUUUUAUGUGGUAGGUUCUAAACACCCCAUGCUGCCAUUCCUGUUUGUAAUAUUCACAUGCAUACUUUGCAAUGUUAAUGUCCUUUUGUGACCAUUUUAUUUUUCCAAGGUUUUUAAUAAACCAAUUUUGUUUUAUCAGUUA